AUGGCUCGUCGUGCGACCGUCGACGCCCGUACUGCUCCCAGUGCCUCGAAAGCGGGAUUGAGUCCGGCUCCGGGGAAAGGGAAGUCUCGCCGUGCGUCAGGCCACCAAGAGCCCCCAUCACCUCGGAAUACAGCCGCCCUCCCACCUCAACCCCCGCCUUAUACUCAACCUUCCCCGGCUCCGGACACUGCUCCUGAACCUCAAUCGACACCGAUACCAUCACCACAACCCCAUGCCGUCUGGAGCCAGCCGAGCCCAACAAAUAACCUACACAACCUCUCAAUACACACCUUCACCGACUCAACAGACACAGACUCGGUCUCUGCACAUGGGAGCUGGACAGGGUCAUGGUCUCCAUCAUAUCAGCUACCGCCAACAGCGUGGUCAUGCCCGUCCACGGAAGACGCGGAAAGCGACGAAGCCGUUGAGGAAUUGCAGCGCCGUCACUCUUAUGCCUACCAUAUUGCGGAUCACUCGCCAUCAUUCUCGCAAUUGCUUCUUGCUCGGUCCGUUGGCCGAACACCGCGCCUUCGAUACUUGAUUAGCUAUUAUGCAGAAGUCAUCGCCCCGGUGAUUGUGGCUUUCGAUAGCCCGACUAAUCCCUUCCGCAAUUCUAUCCUGCGUAUGGCACAAGAUAGUAUUUCUCUUCAGGAAGCGAUUGCGACCUUGUCUACCAGCAACCUGCGACAGAGACGUGAACGGGGUACGUUCUCGACCGGACGGACGGAGCCCGCGCGGAUGUCUUCAUUAGCACACCGGGCUCUAACGGAUACACCGCUACAGGAAUGUAAAGAUCCAUCCAUUCCUGAAGGGUUUGUUCAUGAAGAGCAGUAUCAUCGUGGCAUGGCGGUCAAGGAAUUGAAUAAGGAGUUGGCAGAUCCGCAGCAAAGGCUCUCGGAUUCUGUUCUUGCCACCUUGUUGAUGCUAUGUCUGUUCCAUGUCUGUGAUACUGGAGUCGGUCAGUUCAAAACCCAAUUCGCUGGUGUGACCAAGUUGCUUUCAAUUCGAUUGCGGGCCUCUCCUUACCUAUCAGAGGAACUAAAAUGGUUCAUCCGAAUGUUUACAUGGUACGAUACGAUGACUUCGACAACGAACGACCGCGAGCUUCAAUUGCACAGCAGAUAUGUCGACUUGACUGCAGCGUCAGAUGGCGAAUGGGGCCUUGAGAAUCUCGCUGGAUGCGACGCCGGGCUAUUCAGAAUCAUCUCACACCUUGGUCGGUUGAAUCUCCUCAGCCAGAGCCAGGAACACACCCAAUCUCCGCCGCAUAUCUUCGUGCCUACCUCCGUCCCUCCGCCUUCCAUGACCUACCAUACUCAGGAGAUGUUUCUAUCCGGCCUACCAACGCAAAUUGACCCCUAUCUCUUCCCAUUACCUACUCCGCCGAGACCUGGCGAUCAAACCAAGCAGCCGUCAUCACCAUCUUUCUGGACGGAAUGGUACUCUAUCAAACAGCAACUGGAAGCCUGGCGGUUUCCACAAGAGCGGCUCAGCCCGGGGCAUGUGGAGUCUGCUCAGAUGCAUGCGUACAUAUCACCACCUUCAUCGCCGCUAUACCAGUCCGGAGUUGCUCCUCAGAAUGUCGAGGACGUUUUUCACAUCUCCGAGUCGUUUCGCCACUCGGCGCUCCUUUACAGCGAGCGUCUCGCAUACCCAGACUUGCCGUCUUCCCACCCGCGCAUCCAACAGAUUGUGCAGCGCUCAAUGGCACAUAUUCUGGCAGUCAAGUCUGAUGUGUACCUUUUAUGGCCACUGUUUAUCACCGGCUCCGAAUGUGUCUAUGAAGAGCACCGUAUAAUUAUCCAAGAACGUUGCAAGGAUAUCUCCAGAGACUCUGGGUUCUGCAACAAUCUUUCCUGCCUCGAACUCUUGCAGAGAAUCUGGGCGGAGAACCCCCCUGCCGGCGCACAGGAAAACGGAUAUGGGGGGUUACCGGUAUACCAGUCUGACUGGCCGGCGUUGGAUGGCGGUAUGCCUCCCAUUUCCCUUUGCAAGGGACAGGGCUUCCGAUGGCAGCACGUUAUGCAAGCGAAGCGAGCCGAAGGAGAAUACAUGGUGGUGUGA